CAUGUGAACUGGAUAAAGGAGGAAGCGGAUAGCGAACCCGUGCCUCAGUCGCUGCUCAAUCAGCGCGUCCUGGAGCAAUGGCUGCUGACUGACCUGCGAGAUCUGUCCCACCCGGUGCUCCCCGAAAGAAUAUCCGAGGCACUGAAAACAGAACUAAACAGCUGUUACUGUCUUCAGAUGGACUCCCUGCUAGACGUCAGCCAGCCUGCCUACACUCAGCUGCAGCGUAUUCGGGGCACCAACUGCUCCAAUGAUCAAGUCUCUGCGGUUACGCCGGAAACGCAGCGGCCGUGGGAGGCCAAGCCCACACGUAUGUUGAUGUUGCAACUCACGGAUGGAGUGCAGAGUCUGGAGGGUAUGGAAUACCGGCCCAUCCCGGCUUUAAGCACCAACCUGCCACCCGGGACGAAGCUACAGCUAGUCGGUCCAAUUGGCGUUCGUCUCGGGGUGUUACUCUUGAAAGCGGAGAACGUGAAGGUGUUGGGUGGGGAGGUGGAACAGCUCUUGGAGAUUUACUCUCAGAGCAGAGUGCUUUGCGGGACACUUGGUUUGCCUGAGGAGAACCAUCCACAAGGCGAGGAACCGGAUGACCAGGAGCUCCUGGCCAGCGUAGAGGCUCCAGUAGAUCAUCAGGUAGCUGACAGCGGCUACAACAGCAUGGCUUCAGAAACUUCCUUCAGACCAUAUCAGUCGCAACCCCGUCCUCAAGCGACGCCCGUUUCCAGAGAAGACGACUGGGAUAUGGAGGAAAUUCCAGAUGAUGACUUCAGAAGCAUUCCAGAGAAUUUUGACGAUGUUCCACAAAAUGUGGUGGAUGAUGUUCCCGAGGACUUCGAUGACAUCCCGUUAGAAGAGCUGGAGAGUGUGAUGUGCCCGAUCGAUUCAGAAUGCAAACCUGAUGCAAUCCAGCCCAAAAUUGAAGAACCAAGCCUUUUAAGUUUUCGCUCUAGAACUACUCUUAACAGCAGAAACUUGAAUGAAGUUCCUGACGCAUCUGUUGCUAGUUCCUCUACAAACACAGUUGAGGAGCCUGAAGCAAACUUACCCAACCAACCCAAAACUGAAGAACCAAGCCAGACUUUUCGCUCUAAAGCUCUGCUUGGCACCACCAACCAAAGCCGAAUCUUCAAUGAAGUUCCUCGUACAUCUAUUACAAGUUCCUCUACUAACACAGUUGGAUCUUCUGGUUGCGAACGAGAGGCACCUACGCCACCGUACCUCUGCAUGCUACAGGCUGGCCACUGGCCGCCCGCCAAAGUUCAGACUUUACAACUACAAGCUUUCAUUGUUACACUCAAAGGAAAUUUGCGCAGUAGUAGUGGCAUGUGGGAACUCGGGGCCACCAUCUCUGACGGAACCGGGUACUUGGAUGUGGAUCUGUCCGAUGCCAUGCUCACCAAACUCAUCGGCUACACGGCACCAGAGGCUCGAGUGCUGCGGAAAGACCUGGCGAGACGCGGUGAGGUGGACAGCGGGAUUCAGCGUUGUCAAAGAGAGCUGGUGGAUAUGUGCUGUAUGAUGAGCGUGCAGGUGGAUCAGACGGGCAGAGGAGUCGUGUUGUGUGUCAGUCCGCUCUCGGACAAGGAAUGCUCCGAGAUACAGAAAAGAGUGAAAGAGAGGAGGAACUAAGCCGUACUUAUUCUCUGGACUCUCGUUUAACCUAAUCUGACAGUGUUUGUGCUGAUUCAGUCAGUGGUUUCUCUAAUAUUUUAGUAGAGUAACUCGUUUUGGUUCUCUCAGUCUGAAGAAAACGGCUUAUAAUGCACUUCACUCAUAUCCGUUACAUUUCAGAAUCCACGGUGUUCUAUUUUUGUAAAUUGUUUUGUU